AUGGGUGGGAGUCGAUGGCUGAGGCCUGAGGUUUAUCCUCUGUUCGCUGCAGUUGGAUUAGCUAUUGGGAUCUGUGGGUUUCAAUUGGCCCGUAAUAUCUGCAUCAACCCUGAAGUCAGGGUAACCAAGCAGAACAGAGCUGCUGGAGUUUUGGACAACUUUUCAGAGGGAGAAAAGUAUUCUCAGCAUGGUCUAAGGAAAUUUUCUCGCAACAAGUCUCAUGAAAUUAUGCCAUCCGUCAACAACUUCUUCACCGACCCAAAACUGAAUUGA